AUGUCGGCGCCAACGAUGGAGGAGAGGAAGGCCUGCUGGGGGGCCCGGGACGAGUUCUGGCAGUGCUUGGAGAGGCACGCGGAUGAUGCCUCCAAGUGUGAGAAGCUGCGGCUGGUCUUCGAGUCCCGGUGGCAGUGGGUCAAAUACUUCAAUAAAAGAAGAGACUUCUUAAAAUAUAAAAGAAAGCUUGAAACAGAAGGGUAUCAUCCCCCAGAAGCUGCUGGAAAGUCUUAG